AAACAUCUUGACUCGUAUAAACAUCCAAAAUGGGACUCUGCCAGUGUUUCAUGUCCCAUACUUGGUUUUGAAGUUUGGAAAGUUGCAGAUUUGUCCGGAGCCUCUCCAGUGCUGAGAUAUUUUGUAAACAGGCUUUACAAAAAACAGCUCCGUUUCGCCACCAGGAUCCCAAGCUGCACAUCAGAUGCUCAGUGAAGAGGUUUUGAUACUGGCUGUGGGAGAUCCAUCAGCUUGUCUUCCUGUUGUGAGCUUUGCCUUCACGUCCUUUUCCCCCUCACUCACAGAGCACCUGGUUGAUUAUGGCGUGGAACUAACCGGAAUGAAUGAUUUACGAUUCAUUGAGAAUGUUUACAAGGUCUUGCGGGAGGUUUUCAGCUACAAGCCACUGUUGACCAAACAGCAGUUCCUUCAGUUUGGCUUUGCUGAAAGGAAAGUCCUCAUUCUCUGUGAUAUCAUUGGCCUUGUUCUCAACAAACACAAAGAACUCACUAAAGAAAGCAAGCAUGUCAGUAAGGCAAAGAGAAGGCCUCAGUUCAAGAGCUGCAGUAAAAAUGAGAUCCCUUCUGCUGAGAGUAACUCACUGGGGUUAACAGCCCUGACAGUACCUCAGAAGCAGCCACUGGUAGAAAGGCAUCUUGGCAGCAGCUCAGUACCAGCUCCGAUCAGAUGCUCCUCAGAAGAGCAUCCACAGCAGGAUGAGGAAACAGAAAAGGACUUGUCUCAGCCUGCAGAUUCCAUUGAGUGGGUUUUAGAGAGCCGGCUGAGGGGUGUAGAAGCAAGUCUUCUGGAGAGUGUUGGCAGACUGGAGCAGCGACUGGCCCUAAUGGAACACAGGAUUCAUGCUCUGGAGAAAAGCUUUGCCGGCAAGAUUAUCAUUGAAAGCAGCCAGUGGGAGAACUUGGAGAGUCGUGUGCUUCUGCUGGAGACCAGGCUGGCACUGACCUCAGCACAGGGUCUAACUUUAGGAGGUGGUGUCCUCAGUACAAACAAUGGUAGAUUCAAAGAGGACACAGAGUUUUCCAUUUGUAUCUGUGUUAAAGUAUCUACAAUUUCUACUGUGAUUCAUCCACCAUCUGACAUCAGUGAUAAUGGACACACUUCAGCCAGUUCUCCUCCGACAGCUCCCCAGAAUUUUAAAGAAAGGCUGGACAGAAUAGUUUACAUGAUGAAGGAUACAUCUAACAUUCUGCAAAACCGAAUCGACAAUGUCAAUUUGAUCACAGUCCAGAGAAACUUAUUUUAAAGGAAUACAAUUUCUGUCAUUUUUUACUCAUUUUGUUCCAAAAUUAGUGUGACGAAGACUUUCUGACAAACAGACCAAAACUGAUUCUUUAAAAGUCUUGCCUAACACCGUAGGGUUAUGGUAGCACCUGUAUUUCGAAUAAAUCGGAUGGAAACUUUU